CGCCUUGCGGAAGUGGAGGCAGAGAAGGAACUGUUACGAUCCCAGCUCUCCUCUGCUCGCAAGCGUUCAAAUCAAGGGGACCUACAAAGGCAGAAACCCGACAUCCACAACUCAUCAAAGGCCGGUUCACCAUCUGCCACGCUCAGCAAGGUUACUGGAUGGCUCGAUAGCUCAACAAGACAAUCAUCACACUCACCUCUCCUGGAUAUCUUCACGCAAUAUGACCGGCAUCACCUUGUCUUUGACAACAUAUACCAGCGCCUCGACAUUGAAGACGUUGUUGCCAUCAGAUCAAAAGCAGACAACUUGAUUCGAUACAUCGGUGCAGACAAAAGUUACAGAUUCGAACAAAGCUAUGGUUGGUCAGAUGAUGAUCAGCACCGUACUCUCACAAAAGUCCUUAUCUUCCGAAGAAUCGUUCCACCCGGCUCGCCGCAGAUACGAUUUCAUCUCACUCGAACAUCACCAUUGCACAGUAUCUUGACUGAUUGUGCCUUUUCGACUGCUCACGUCAAUGUCAUUACAUGGAACAAGGCAUACUGCAUGUUCCCAAAUGUCACGUUUAUGGACCGUCGGAUGUAUUUCUUGCACCACCCAGACGAAGCUAUGGGACAAGUCUUGAGCAAAUACUCAGCUCAUGGGUGGCGUACGUCAAACUGGGUGGAUUAUGAUCAGACCAGAGGAUGUAACAAACUCGGCAUUCGUGAGAAGUUCAGGAGAGUUGGUGAUUCAUCCACCUGGGUGAUACCGCUCAAUCUGUAUAAGAUACGCAGACCUGAAUGUCCAGACUCUAUGAUUGAGAGCUGCUCAUUCCAUAUCUUCCCGGACUUCGGAACACAAGAAUCACAACAUGCCGUUACGGGACUCAAGACUUUUAGCAUUGGCGCGCAGACAUUCUCAUGCUGCAUGUUAAAGCAUAUCUAUACAUUCCACGCUCCAGACGUCAGCUGGAUUGUAUUCCUACGAGAGAAGCUUAGUCGGAUGAUCAUGCUCGAGAUCCUCAAAGCCGGAGAUACCGGCCUGAUUGCCAAAACAAGGCAGCCAGAUUUUAUGUCUGUUGACCACAAGUGCUGUCCUCUACUGAAAUUCAGGCCGCGCUUUCAGAGACCGGAUGGAUGGGAGUCUGUUGAUUACAUGGUACCUGUUUGGUUUGAGGAGUGGACAACGGCUAGAAGAAACCAAGCAGGGAGCAUUGAUUUGACGCCACAUCCAUUGAACGUCGCCCGGUCUAAGAAGCAACUAGGAGAGUCACAAAGGAACAUUGUUGAUUCUUUACCACCGCCGAUACCUCCACGUGCGAGAAGCAUGACCACAAGCAGACUGCCAUCUAAUGUCAUACCAGCACCGCCUUUGAGUUCGGAAUGUGAGCAGUUCCCACUCUCCUUGAGAACGACUACUGCAAGGCUUCCUCGUUCGAUCUCGGUCAGCCAAAUGAAUCAAUCCAAUGGUAUUCAGCCCAAGCUGCCGACCUUAGUGUCGCCAACACGCCGCAUUGUAUCGGCUCAAUCCCAGCAGUCGGAGCCUGGGUGCUCUCUCCCUCGAGACCCCUCCGAAUCAUUUUCCUUGUCCGGCCGACACCCUGCGCAAACCUCAACAUCUCGCCAUGAGCAAUCUCAAAAGCCCCAACUCGCAAGGUCUGCGACAUCACCUCAUCCAAUAUCACCUCAAGACAUCACACCACCGCGAUCCCCCGAGAAGCAGAAAGCCGACUACUUUUCACUCAUACACAGACGACCAAAAGCUCCCGUACCUCCCCCUCUAGACCUUUCUCCCACCAAAAUCGGCUCUCUUAUACCCGACCUUCCGACACCACCACCGGAUCUGCCUCUGCCAGCUGUACCCGUUAGACAUCGGCCAAAAAGAUCCCCUCUAAAUUUCCCCUCGCACCUACCAUGGUCGCCCUUCGAGAAGAAGUUUCGCAGCGUACGUAGCAACAACUCGCUGAGCUCUGUUUCUGCUGGAUCGGAAAAGAUCGUUGCUGGAGAGAUGAACUGGUUAUGA